GCUGAAUCGAUCCGUCCAAUGCCGAGCUUUUGGUCUAGACGUGCACUCAUUCCACGUAGGACUGACUGCACAUCCGCCAAACUUUAUCCCGCCCGCAGCCUUAUCGUUGACGCAAAACCGAACAAGUGAGCAGCUAAGCUAAGCCUCGCUGUUUCUCCGUGGCCCGGGGCACUCACGGGCCUCCCUACUCUUCAUGGCGUCUCCCGAGGAUGAAAAUCCAUUCCAAGAUGACCCCGGGCAGGAGGAUGAAGACGGUUCCAUCCUCUCGCCCCGGGGGCUUGAGGCCUUUAGCCGCAAGGUGACGACGACGGCGAGCCACCUGAUGGGCCCGGUGGUAGACCCUUCGUCCAGCGGCCACUACCAGAGCGCAAUGACAGAGGUCCAGAAGCACCUGCGCCGCCCGAACCUUCAGCGAAGCAUGUUUUCGAUGGCCCGGACGACUCCUUCGGACUUGGUGCGGUCCAAACUGUCCACCCGCGAGAUCCAGCAUCGCGCCCUCGCACACGUUCCAGAUGACAUGCUUGCAAACAUACCCGAGGACGACAACAACAGCUACUCGCUCUUUCAAGGCUUCCAGGCCAGCUUUCCCGAGUUAACGGAUGAGGGCAAGAAACACCGGCGCCGUGUGUCCCGCGGACGCAAGCUACUGGACGAGGGGCCCACGACGCCCGAGAAUGGCACAACAGGUCUUCAGAAGUUGCGCAAGGAGAGGGCAUCCAUGUCGCACGAGCUGGAAAUGCUCGGCAUACGAAAGAACAUGGCUAGCAGUGAGAUUCGCGAGAUAGACAUCAAAAUUGCCAACUUACACGGCAUGCGGAGAAUCAUACUGGAACGCUUGGCGGCUCUCGAGCAGGAAGAGACGCUGUUGGAGCAUGACCUAAUGGAGGUUGAGGCUCGAGUUGAGGAUGCCCAGAUGCUUGCCGACGAGGCAGAGUCAACAGCUCAGCAAAGCUCUCCCAGAGAUACUGAUGACGCUGACGCUGAAGACAACGACGGCUUCAUGUCGCAGUCGAUAUACGAAAAAAUACCAUCCGCAGCAAGCACUCCGUCAAAAUCGAGGAAACCAAGGAUCGUGCGCCGCAAAUCGAUGGCCGUUUUACAUGAGCAUUUCGAGCCUGGAACUUCUAUCCGAGAGCUCCGGGCCCAUCAGGACUGCAUUACAGCGAUGGAUUUUGAUGCGCCCUUUGGCACUUUGGUAUCGGCAGCGAUGGAUGACUCGGUAAAAGUUUGGGAUCUGAACGCCGGGCGCUGCAUUGGCUCGCUCGAAGGGCACACUGCCUCGGUGAGAGCCCUGCAGGUCGAAGACAACAUCCUGGCGACAGGAUCGCGCGAUGCGACAGUGCGGCUCUGGGAUCUUAGCAAGGCACACUACGAUCCCCACGGCAGUCACUACAACGGCGGCGACGACGACGACGAUGCAAUGGCUUUUGAGAACCCUGACGACCAACCCGUUGAUCCCCCUGCCGGUAGCAUGGCCGACUGCCCAUUGUUUACGCUGUCUUCGCACAUGGAUGAGGUUACUGCACUGCACUUCAAAGGCGAUACUUUGGUAUCAGGUUCUUCGGAUAAGACGAUACGGCAGUGGGAUCUGGUCAAGGGCCGGUGUGUGCAGACGCUGGAUGUGAUGUGGGCCGCGGCGCAAGCCUCGGUCAGCCUCGGCACCGGCGACGGAGCUUGGAGACAAACGGCAAGGUCUCAGGCGGAGGAUGCAGACUUUGUCGGCGCCGUACAGGUUUUUGACGCGGCUCUGGCAUGCGGAACCGCCGACGGUAUGGUCAGGCUCUGGGAUUUGCGCAGUGGACAGGUACACCGGAACCUUGUCGGACACACCGGUCCAGUGACGGCCCUUCAGUUCGACAACAUGCACUUGGUAACGGGAUCGCACGACAGAAGCAUCAGGAUAUGGGACCUGCGGACGGGAUCGAUAUUCGACGCCUUCGCUUACGACCACCCCGUCACCAGCAUGAUGUUUGAUGCGCGCAGGAUUGUGAGCGCAGCAGGCGAGGAUGUCGUCAAGGUAUACGACAAGGUCGAGAGUCGGCAGUGGGACUGCGGCGCGGGGAUAAAGGCAGCCGAAGAAAUGAAGAACCCGCCUGCCAUUGUCGAACGUGUAAGGAUAAGAGACGGCUACAUGGUCGAGGGUCGUCGCGACGGCAUUGUGGGCAUUUGGACUUGCUGAUUUCAUAUUGUAUAUCAACACCAUCUCUUGGACAUGGCAUGAAUGGCCUUGCCUCCUUUGUGACUUAUACGCCGGCACAUCGGAAAUCUUAUCAAGAGCUACCCUCAAGGCAGACAAGUGGUGGCGUAUUUUGUAUCCGGAUCUGUAAAAUCAUGGUAUAUUUUCUCACAAAGAUGGCAUUGAACACGCUGCGGUUGGUGGUAGGAAUGAAAAUGUAUUCGAACUUUUGAUACAGUCUAGGCCCUAUUGCGCUUCAUUAUCCUGCAUCACCAUGCCUGUUAUGUUAAAGUAAACAAAGAGAACGAAAAUAUGCCUCCCUA